UCGAUUUCGCCAGCAAAAUUUUUAUGUCAACAUCCCGAAGGACGACAAGCAAAAGCAAUCCUCCAUCAUUCCUCGCACCAAAACAAACGCAAUCAAUCGCAACCCGACAAAACCAAACUCCCUCCCCCCUCUCUCUCUCUACGCGAUCCAAUGGAUCAGUCCAAACCCGACCCGACUCCUCCUCCUCCGCCCCCGCCCCCGCCGGCGCCGGGCUUCUACUACACUCCCCUGCCGCCCCAGCCCUCCGACCAGCACUACGUCGUUCUGCCGCUUUACUAUCCCCGCCGGCGGCGGCGCUGCGGCACCCUCGCCUGCGCGCUCCUGUCCGUCUCGUCCCUCCUCCUGCUCGCCGCGCUCGCGUACGUGCUCUGGCCGUCGGACCCGCGCCUCAAGAUCGCCCGGCUCUGGCCGACCCGGGUCCGGAUCCGGACCUUGCCGGUCCUGGCCGUGGACAUAUCCAUGCUGGCCACCAUCCGGGUCAGGAACGCCGACGCGUACUGGAUGGACUACCGGAGGCUCGACGUGGCGGUCGGGUACCGGGGGAAGAUGCUGGGCCGCGUGACGUCCGGCGGGGGCCGCGUGCGGGCGUUCGGGUCGUCCUACGUGGACGCUGCGCUGGAGCUGAACGGGGUCGAGGUCCUGGCGGAGGCGGCGUUCUUGCUGGAGGACCUGGCGAAGGGGUCGGUGCCGUUCGAUACCCUGACGGAGGUGGAGGGACAGCUCGGGCUCUGGUUCUUCAGGUUCCCUUUGAAGGCAAAAGUAUCAUGUGAGGUACUGGUCAAUACAAAGAACCAAACAAUUGUUCGUCAAAGCUGUUACCCUGAGCGACUAGGAAGCUCAAUGGCAUCAUUGCAAAGCUAAUUCAGUGGCUUUCAUCUGCGAUGCUCAUGCAAGAAAUGAUCUGGCGAGUGGAUCAAGAGGACAAGGUACAUCGUCAAUCCGGGUAAAAGCUACUUCCCCUAAGGCACAGAAAUCAGAGUGGUGGCAAAAGUGUAUUGACUUGGGUUCUGGUACGAUGAUCAAUAUGUGAGGAUCCAGUAAUAGUUGAAAGAGGAUGUGUGGAUGUAAAUAUUAAUUGAGUGGAAAUUGUGUUAAAAGAGCUUAUAUCCAUGUACAAAGUAACAAAGAUGACUACUUUUGAUCAACAGAAAUAGUACUUGAUGCAUAUUUAACACAGGAUGUGUGCAGAGGUGUUUCUUUA